AUGGCGACACCCGACGAUGUCAUUCAUUUCUUGGCAGAGGCAGCACCAGAUGCGACGCUUCGACUCAUUACAGCUGGACUAGCCGCAGGUGGUCUCGGGCUGAGGGCUGGCUCCGAGUCAGCAGACCAUGAUGCGGUGGAUGCUGUUACGAAUUCACCUGAUCCAAUGGCGCAGGAUAGCGCCGACUGUCGAGCUGCCGAUCGGGAGUGCAUACAGUCUACCCCCGUCAAUACACCGCUGCCAGCACCGACGCCAACGGCGACAACAGGCACGCCAGAGGACAUGCAACCGCGCCCGAUCGCGCGUGCAACAGUCCCUAGACACUGGCCUACCUCACCAAAUGUCGAUGAGAUUUCUGAACAACGGGAGCCCGCUACACCUGUGCCACGUAGUGGGAGGGGUCGCGAUCGGUCAUCGACGCAUAAGGCUGCGCGCAGACUUCUAGGUGACGUCACCAACUAUCCUCGAUUGCAAGGAGUGCCGCUGCUGCCGUACUCGCAGAGGGACAUGGAGGUGGCAGGGAGGCUUUCCCUGGUGGAAGCCUCGGCACCCUUGGACGUCUGCCGCCUAGUGGCAAAUGACACCUGGUGCAGUGCAGAUCAGCCAUUGCAAAGCUCCAUCAAGGAGAGCCCCUCGAAAUUUCCCAUCUACCCAUCCUUUCAUGUGCCCGAUGCCGCCACUCUUGGCCAUUCCUCUCGGCUGGGUUUACCUAGACACAUUCAGCUCGACCGUCUGGAGUGA